AUGUCUUCGAUUUAUUCGAAGAGAAGCUCUCCUUUUAAACCUAUUGAUGAAAUUAAGUCUGAAUACCAAAACAAGUGCACUGAGCUGAAUAAUCUUAGAAAUUCUCUUCAACAAACAUAUAAUGAAGCAAUAAAAAAAUUAGAUAAAAUUCAAUCAAGUUCUCCAGCCAAAAAGACAUCUCAACCAUCACCCAUAUCGAAUUCACCCCGAACCAAAAACCUUUUCCCUAAAAUUUAUCCAAUCCAAUUAUCUUCAAUUAAUGAUUCACCUUCUGAAAAGUUUGCAAAGAAAUGGGGAUAUAAAAUCGAAGAAGAAAAGCCUUUAGAACACAUUACAAUUGAAAUACCAAGGGAAAGGCUCACAGAAUCUCCAAUUGUUUCCCCAACAAGCACCAAUUCUCGAAGUGUACUUGAAACACCAAAGAAAUCAUCAGCAAACAGCUCACGAGAAUACCCACAGACUUCUUCCUUUGAUAUUCAUCCUAAAUUAAGUUCUGAAUCUUAUGAUGACAGUCUUGAGCAGCAACCAGCCUUUCAACAGUCAGGAAUCGGACAGAGUCAGUCAGCAGAAUCUAAUUCCCAUCGUAGAAGUCAUCCUACAACGUUCACUGGCGAUGAUAUUCCUGUUCCUUCUCUAGACAACGAAUCUUCACAGCAAAACCAAGACCAAACAUACGAAUACGAAUACGAAGUGGAUAAUAACGAAAAUAAUACAACUCCUCAGCUACAAAAACAGCAAAUAACUAAAAAUUCGUUUACGAUCGAUUUUUCAAACGAAUCCGAACAUUUAUCCCUUCCAGAUACAAAUACAGAGUCAUUUGGAGAAGAAGAGGAUACUGAACAACCUAAAACUACUGAGGAAAAUUCUCAAAUUUCAAAUGAACAAAAAACCACAGAAAAAGAUGAAAACAAUGAAGAUUCAAUUAUUCCACAACAGCAGAACAUGGCAUCAGACUUCAGUUUCGACGAAAAAGAAAAUGAAGAAGAAGAUUUCGUAAAACAGCAAGAACAGACAAAAUCAGACAUCCUACCUGAUACGAAAUCUAACAUCACUGACAAUGAAGAAGAAAAUCCUGAAGAAGAAGAUAUAUUCACUUCAGAUUUGAAUUUUGAUACCAAAUCAAAUAUUAUUGACCAACCAGAAGGUAAAGCUACAUCAGAUGCGAAACUUGGCAGCAAAUCAAAUGUUUCUGACCAAAAACAGGAAAUAAAUCCAACAAAUGAAGAAAAUGAAAGUGAUCCAGACAUUUUUUCAUUUUACGAGGAAGAAGAAGAAACAAAUAAACAAGAAAUUGAACAGAAACAAUCGCCAAAUGCUUCUUCAAUGUCUUUGCCUUCUUCAAUUAACUGA